UCUCCAAGGGUUGUAGAUAUUAGGGUCCACUCCACUCUAACCACUCUUGAAGGUAUUGGUCAUUGCAAUUUGCAACUCAGAAAACCGUGGCGGGCGAAUUUUGUUCAUCUCAAUUGCAAAUGCUAUAAACUCAUGAGAGUUGACUUUGAGUAGAUGCAAUCGGAUCACUUGUUUACAUUUGUUUGGGAGAAGAGAAUAUGUUGAGCGUUUGAGUGGGACUGAAAUUGCAGAAAAGUUAUGGCUGAAUGUGCAACUGUGCCAUCUAAUUUGAAGCUGCAUUUGCAAAGAAGUUAUACAAAAGGGUCGUGCUUCGGAACCCGGAAAUCUUUCCCCAAUAAACUUACCAGAAAUAAUAGGUUUGUAUCACUCCCUCUAUGGAGAGUCCGCAAGCAUAACACUAGGUCUGUUUCAAUCUUAAAUGUCAAAGGUCCUGUUUUGAAUGGAAGUCCCUUGAGGCGUAGCUACUUGGGGACUAUGAUAGAUUUUGAGACUUCUGCUGCCUCUGAUUGGGUGCCUGUCAUUGACCAAGUGCUUCUGACUGCUACUGUAUUCUUUGCUUAUAUGGCUGGAAUAAUUCCUUCAGGGGGUUCUUAUACAGAUUCUCAAAAGAACAAGAAUAGUUUUAAUGACGUGCUGCUUCCUGAAAAUCCCAUCUUUUUUGGUAGUAUAUCAGAAAAGGAAGAUCAAGUUGGUUGUCAAUGUACCUGGGAUGUAGUGAAAGGGAAAAUAGCGAAGUCUCUUCUUGCUAUUGAAAAUGGUGUUAUUGUGGAAGAAAAUUUUGUUGAAUCUGAAUCAGAUCGUGCAAAGAGGCCUCUUAGUUUGUAUGCUGUUGCAAAUGGUCCCAGAUUCAGAUUACUUAUGUCUUCGAUUGAGCAACUUGAGAAAGAGGUUAGUGAAAUCCCAGACACAUCAAUGACUAUGGAAAGGGAGGAAUGGCUUGGAUUGUUUUCCACCACUAUAAAGAAGGCUUGUCAAUCAGCUCUGCUUUCAUGGAUGGAGAAAGAGUUCUGCAUGGAAAACUGCAGGCCAGACAAGGAGCUUUUGCUUUCUAUGUCAGAGAAGUUGCGAGGAGAUGAUAUUAUCUUAGGGAAUGUUAGAAAAUCCGGGAAGAUCGAUCUCUUUGCAGAUUUGAUAGGCUUUCUCAGAUAUGAUAACUUUAGGGAAUGUAGCUACUAUGAUCGUAAUGUUUAUCCUUUACAUGGAGGUGCCAUAUUGGAAGAUUUGAUCAUUACUCUAGCUGAUGCAAUAUCAAGCAUAUAUUUGGAGGUUAUUUCUGUAGACAGUGACAUUUCUGAAACGAUUAGUAACUUUGGGUUGUCCUUGUGUGCCUUGUCAACCAGAGCUCUGCAGAAACUAAGAAAUGAGGUAGCUAUGUGCGAGUGGAUUCACCAGAAUUUUGGCGAAAUUGUCUUGAUGUAUGAGGACCGGUUUGAUCUGCGGGUACUAAAUGUUAAACCUUAUUAUGAGCCAGCAGAGAAGCUCAAGGAAAGUUGCAGUUGGUGGAGACGACUUACUCUGAGGAAAUCUGUAACAUUGCAGUCCUCACUAUGCUAUUCUGUAAUCAGUCCUUUCUCUUUGACCUUAAAGCGCACAAGGGAAUUGAUGGCCCUCAAAGGAUGGAAGUACUACUUCAGCCUCAUACUUGAGUUAUCCGACAUAGCAGUGCCUAUGGGUAAAGCUGUUGUUUCUCAGGUUCGCAAUGCCAUCUCAUUCUUCCUCGUUAGCUUGAUUGGGCGAUCUGUAGGACUCGUAUAUACCGGGAUUAGGCAAUCGCUACGGUGGAAGUAAAAUAUAACAUCUAUUACUCUCUCAUCUCAAUUCAUGCACCAAUUUUGCUUAAAAUAGCAAACGAUUAGAUGGGUUAUACAAUGCAAAGUAACUUCCUAUUUACUCAACUGAUUCUUUUCUGGGCUACUCUGCAGUUUUUCCCAGACCUCUGGUUUCAGCUCUUUCUUAUUGGUAGAUGUUUUUUGUUGUUUUGAGUUGGUUUGAUUCAAGUUAAGGUGGUACUCAUCUCAGCACACCCUUACCUUAUUCAUUCAACCAUCGAUUCAUCAUUCCUGUUACUUUGCUUUUAAAUGAAAUGAUGAGCUAGCUAUGCAGUAUGUACAUAGUAUACUCAAUAUAACUUGUGUCUUUUUCCAGAAAAGAAGUAGGUCUUGUGCUUUAAAAUCGCGACUUAGAUUAUGAAAUGGGCACUAUGGUUUUCUUAAAGACGAUGGUCACUAGAGAAUACCUUCUAUUCUGAAGACCAUAUUGUGAUGGCCCUUGUUAUGAUUGUUUAUUUCAAGUUUUAAUAUUGAGGAACAAAAAUUCAUUGUGGAUCCACAAAAAGUUAUCCAUUGUUUUAACAUAAAUUUGAUUUUGAACACAA